UACAAACUGGGUCUCUGCCAACUACGAUGGCCUUACAUUCUAGCAGUCAUCCUUAUUGUUGAUCAGUUAACUCUUUCAAUAUUGGGGUUCACCCUAACGUUCAAACGUCCACCAAAAAUGCACGAACUGCAUCAUAUUUCAGCACCCUUGAAGACACCCACUCAACCAGUCCCAAGACCUCGAAAACUCUCGCUGCAGGAGUCCUAUUACUCAAAGCAAACUUCAAGGGAACUCUGAUGACAAC